GCUCCGGAGCUGCAGGUUGCAGGUGGACUCCUGGUCUAACCUGCGGCCUCUCGUCCAUAAAUCACCUGAAAGCUGCUGGCGUCCUGAAGCCAGCGCUGACUCAGCAGAGCAUGAUCGCUCUUGUCUGCAGAUUCUCUUCUGCUUUACCACUGAGCGUGGAAGAGGCCCAGGGCAGUUCGUUUGGAGGAUCAGGAUGGGGCUCUGCUGGGGGCUCGGCUGCACCCACGUCAAUCAGUGCAGGAAUGAUGGAAGCUUUCCAAACCGCACACGUGGCUGUAAGCCUGAAACGUCUGAUCGGAUCGUCCCGUCGCUGUUUGCAGAAGCACGGCGUGUGAUUGUGUUUCAGUGGUUUUUUCCGUCCAACAAAAGCGUCGACUUCUGUCCUCCGAGCCGCAGCGCCCUGCCCAGAUAUGUGGGAAUUAGGCCGCAUCACUCACUAGCGUCCCGCUCUGAUCAAAGCGCCGAGCGGCCGAACGGACAGCUGUCGUCAUGCGCCUCCAAUGGCUAUCGGGCCGCGCCGCCGCAGCGCUCAGUCGGCCGGCUGGAGCUGUCGCGGGAGCCCGGCUGGGAGAUUCGGGCUGCAGAGCUGACCUCAGACCGUUUCAGGUGUUUCCACGCGGGAACUCUGAGGACAUGUUUCCGGACAGCUCACUGCCAGCAGUGUCGGAUCAAGAGGUGUAACACGGACUACGUGGCGUCCACGUCUGCGGCCGGCGGCCUCCAGGAGGAGGCGUCGGUGGACUACUGCCCCGCCCUGCGGGCGUACGCCCUCUGCACGAGGCGCCAGGGGUGCAGCUGCCGCGGCGACCUGGUCUACCACUCCGCCGUCUUCCGCAUUAAGGAGUUAUUCUCCAAACACAACUGCUCCAGCGACGGGCCCGGCUCGCCCGCCAAAGCCCCCAGCACCACCCGGCCGGCGGUCCACAGCCAGGGUCUGUCCACCACUUUUCUAGAUGCUCACUGCCAGCAGUGCCGGAUCCAGAGGUGCAACGCCAACUACGUGGCGUCCACGUCUGCGGCCGGCGGCCUUCAGGAGGACGUGUCGGUGGGCGUGGACUACUGCAUCGCCCUGCGGGCGUACGCCCUGUGCGUGAAGCGGCAGGCCCGCAGCUGCCGCGGCGACCUGGUCUACCACUCCGCCGUCUUCCCCAUCAAGGAGUUAUUCUCCAAGCACAACUGCUCCAGCGAUGGCCCCACCUCCUUCGCCAAAGCUCCCAGCACGAGCCGGCCGGCCGCCGCCGAGCUCUGCAACUACGAGAGCCGGGUCCUGACGUCCGGCGCCGCUCAGCAGAAGAAGUACGCUCACUGUGGAUUAUUCGGAGAUCCGCAUCUACGGACUUUCCGGGAUGAGUUUCAGACCUGCAAGGUGGAGGGGGCGUGGCCACUGAUCGACAACCGCUUCCUGUCGGUGCAGGUGACCAAUGUCCCGGUUGUCCUGGGCUCCAGCGCCACAGCGACCAGCAAGAUCACCGUCAUCUUCAAGUCGUACAUCGGCUGCUCGGAUCAGAAGGUGUACCAGGCCACCACGGACGACCUGCCGCUGGCGUUCCAGGACGGGACUCGCAGUGGCGGCGAGAGCGGCAGCCUGAGCGUCUGGGAGCGGGGCGGCUCCGGGGCGGGGCGGCAGGUGAGGAUCCAGGCCCGUUACAUCGGCACCUCCAUCAUCAUCCGGCGGGUGGGCAGCUACCUGACCUUCGCCAUCCGCAUGCCCGAGGACACGCUGGACUUCUCUGAGGACGGCGGCGGCGGCCUGCAGCUGUGCCUGCACGGCUGUCCCCAAAACGAGCUCAUCAAAGAGCACACCGUCAGCCGCCAGCGCCCCCGCCUGCCGCCGGGCGCCAACGCCCAGCCGGGACCGCCGCGGCCUCCCCCCCAGGCCUACACGGUGGAGCGGGCCACCGCCAAGUGCAGAGAGGCGCUGCAGGUGGAGGACGUGUACUUCCAGUCCUGCGUGUUCGACCUGCUGACCACCGGCGACCCCGAGUUCUCCAUGGCGGCCUACGGCGCCCUGGAGGACCUGAAGGCGCUGCCGCCCAGUAAGCUGAAGCAGAACCCCCCCAGGACUCCUCCCGAUCCCAGCAGGGGGGCGUCGGGGCCGCUGGCGGCGGCGCCCGGCCUCCUGCUGGCGCCGCUCUGCGUCCUGCUGCUGUAGAAGACGGAGAUCGUCGGCUGGAGACGUUUGAAGGAUUCAGGAUUCAUUCCGUGUUUCCAACCACAGACGGUCAGGGGGAUCAUGGGAAAUUCUGCCCUUUCAGCGAACUGGUCUCAACAUUUCCUGUGGUCAGGACUUCCUCUGGACCGGAGGAGCGUCGGAGGUCACUUCUAUCGCGGUUUGGGUCGUGUGAGUUCGUAAGGAUGCUGCUGUGGCUCAAGAAGGUCGAACGCCACAGAAGUCGUGACAGUAUUAACCCUUUUGUCUCCGUCCUCCUCGCCGGACGCUCGCCGCUCCUGAUGCUUUUAUUGUGAAGGUUCUUCUUCAGGAUCCAACAACUGUUUGCAGAAACUACCUAAACUCCCAGCAUUCACUUCCUGUCCGAGUCGCUCUUCAGGCUGUUUGGUUUCCAGUUUAAAGGUGAAAAAGUCAAAUAAUAAUAAUAAUAUAUUAAGAGUGUAUAUAUAUGUUUUAUAACGUGUACAUUUUCCUUUUGUAUAGAUGUUUAAAUGUGUUUUUAUUGCUGUUUAGUUGAUGAACUAAUUUGUGUUGUUUCAUUACUGUUGUGUAUUAAAGUGUCGGACGCUCCACACCAGCAUCUCAGAGACGUCUUUUUAAAUAAAGCUGCUCAAACAUCAAA